GAAACUUCUUAUGAGGAGAAAACAAUUUCUUAUGCAGUAAAAUGCCUGGCUUUGUGUACCGUUAAUAACAGCAAUGCGAGAAUAUACGUUCAUUCGCAUGGUUUUGGAUUUCUUUUGCACUUGCUCUCUUUGAGUAAUGAAAUAAUCGUUGGAAAUACUGCUCUUAUUCUCAGCAAUUGUUUUGAAUUGGAUAAAUCCUUAGAUCAGCUGAUUGGUACUACAAUAAUUAAAGACUUGUUAACCUUGGUUACAAGAACCGAAUACGAUGUUGAAGUGAAACAGAAUGUGGCAAUUGCUAUUGCUAAAUUAGUAAAACGUGAUCGAAGAUUUUUAAGGCAUUUGACCGACCUCCACGGCGUAGAGAUUCUGAACUCAGUUUUGAAGACAAGCAACCUUUUGGGAUGACAAAAAAGUCAUCACACAUUUUUGAAACAAAGCAAAUUACAAUAGGUGCCCUGUUUUUGAUCUUUGUAUUUAUUUAUUCGGUGAAAUAAAAGUACAUAUCAUUGUGUAAUGGAUUCAUCGGAGGGUUCAACAGAGGACUUUGUAAGCCCUCUUCGUAAGAGUACACGAAAGAAGACCCAACCUGUUCUUUAUGGUCAUGGAGUGACAAUAUCCAGCCUAACCAGUCCACAAAGUUCUUCCUCUAAUGAUACCCAAAAAAUGGAUAUCACACAGACAUUUGAAGAAAACAAAAAUGACGAAAGCAGUGAUGAUGAUAUUCCAUUAAGCCAUUAUAGUCCACUUAAAGGAAAGAAGGGAAAUGCAAAGCAGUCAAAGAAAUUACCUGUAGCAAAGAAGGGCAGAACGAACAAGAACAAAAAUAAUGCAGCUCACGAAGAAAGCUUUCCAGAUAAAGGCUCAAUGUUUGAUAUCAUUAGAGGUGGAAGGGUUGUAUUGCAGACUGUAAUAGAUGACUGGAUUGAAAACUACAAUAAAGAUCGUAUAUCAGCUAUGGUCGAUUUGAUUCAAGUUGUUAUACAAUGUUGUGGUUGUAAAGGAGUUGUAACUGAAGACAUGCUUGAGGAAGAUGAAAAUGUUAAUGCAAUAAGAAAACUCACUGAAGUAUUUGACGAGGACUCUCAUGAGUAUCCAUUAAUUAUGUCUGGUGGGGGAUACAAACGAUUUAAGAACAAUUUUUGUGAUUUUAUCAGUUUGCUAAUUGAGCAAUGUCAGCAUAAUAUUGUUUACGAUGAUUACAUGUUGGAUAAACUCAUUACUUGGCUUAUCAGUCUGUCCGAUUCACAAGUAAGAGCGUUCAGACACACCAGCACCUUAGCAGGAAUGGUAUUGGUGGCCUCAUUGAUUCAAGUUGCUUUGAAAUUAAACGUGGAACUAGAUAAUACACAGCGACAACUUGACAGCGAAAAACGAAAAAGUGCACAAAAGCGUGGACAGCAGAAAAUGGAAAUGCUUCAAAAUAAGAAAGAACAGCUUACAGAGACUAUUCAGCAAUUGGAGGAGUAUAUGAACUAUGUUUUUCAAGGGAUAUUUGUGCAUCGCUACAGGGACAUACGACCUGAAAUCAGAUGUCUUUGUAUGACGGAGAUUGGCAAUUGGAUGAAAAAUUACAGCAACUAUUUUCUAUCUCAUAAGUAUUUGAAGUACGUUGUUUGGACUCUGCACGAUAAGGAAGGUGAAGUUCGUAACCAUGCCCUGGAAACUUUGUACAAGCUCUAUCAGGUGGAGGAAUUUCUUUCACAGUUGGAACCGUUGACGUCCAGAUUUAAGAAUCGGAUUGUUUCUAUGACACUUGAUGUAGCUCCGCCUGUUCAAGUUGUAGCCAUUAAGUUGGUGACAUUGUUAUUACGUUAUGGAGAGCUUGAAGAAGAAGAUUGCGAACAAGUGGAACAGUUAGUAUUUUGUAGCGAGCGUCUUGUUGCACAGGAAGCUGGUGCAUUCUUAAAUGCCAGGCUGUUAUUAGAAGUGGAAGCCAACAGUCCAACAAAAAAGAAAGCAUCGAAAAAAUCUGAGUUACAGCGCAAGGUAGAUUACAUCCGAAAGCUCACAGAUUUCUUUAUUAACAAUCAGAUUCAUGAUCAUGGAGCGUAUAUUGUUGAUAGCCUAUGGCAACAUUCCGAUCUUUUAAAGGAUUGGGAAUUGAUGAACUCAAUAUUGUUGGAUGAUAAAUUCAGCGAAAGUUUAUCUGACGACGAAGAAACAGCUUUGAUUGAACUCAUGGCAUGUUGUUGUCGUCAGGCAGCUACAGGAAAAGGACCUUCAGGUCGCUUUGUCAAACGACUCCUUAGCUCUAAAGAAAAGAAAGCAAUCGAAAUUGACAAACGUGAAAUGAGUGGUCAUUUUAUGGUACAACUCCCUUUGCUACUGGAGAAGUAUGGAACAGAUUUGCCCAAGGCAGAAAAUCUUGUUAUGAUUGCCCAGUAUUUUGAUUUGGAAGAAUAUAGUGAGAGACGUCUAGGCGAGCAUUUUGAUAAUCUUCUUGACCAAAUUGACGAUCUUGUUCAGAAAGCACCUGAAAAAGCAUUGCUAGAGGAAUGUGCUAAGACUUAUUUGAUGUUGAUGGACAAUGAACUCACAUUAAAGAGUCAAGCGGAGGUUGCACGUAAUAAACUGAUUGAUAAUAUUGUUGAAUUGUUCAAAGAAGCCUGUAAGAAUCCUAACGCACACGAUGCUAGUUCUGACAAAGGGGAACGCGGAAAUGAUGCUGACUAUACCUUACAAGUUAACUUGAGAAGAUUAACCGCUUUCUAUAGAAAUCAUGAUCUUGGAGCAUGGGAUCUUUAUGAUUGUCUCGUGGAAAUUCUUAGAAAUAUGAGCAGUCACGAUGAGGAGGUCAUUAUUAAUGUAAUAGUUUCCUUACAAAUGUAUCUGCUGUGGAGUCUUCAUUCAAUGACAGAAAAAAAUCCAAGCAAGCGUCAGCUGAAUAUUUUGAAACAACGUCUUUAUUCAUUCAUGGAUAUAUGCUGUUAUAUAGUCGAAAAUGAAGUGGGUGAAGUUAGAAAAGAGGCAUUUUUAUCUGCUACUGAUCUCAUGGUUGUAUUUGCAAAGCAGCUUGUUAAUAGUCAUCCUUCUCUGGCACCAGUUGUUUAUACACCUAGCGACGAGGCUCAAGAUAUCUACACUAGAUUUGCCGCAACUUACGCUUUCUCUGAUGUGAACCCUGAAAACGAAGAAGAAAAGGAGGAAGACGAUGAAAACACUGAGAAUGAGGUGCAAGAAUUGAGCAGUAAACGCGUUGUGUUGGCGGCAAUCUGCAAACUUCUUGCUUAUGGAAUGUUUGACAUGCAACAAAGCGCUCCUAUUUUUUCACAGCUUAUAUCGGCAUAUGGUGAUUUUGGUGAUCUUAUUAAACAAACAAUGUCGAAAUGUAAAGAACUCAGUAUCAACCACUACACAAGGACCCUGGCAUUAACAUUGUUCCAGGAAUAUGAAUUACUGGUUAAUGAAGCUGGCGAUGUUUUUGAUAAUACAUCAAUUGAAAGCACGGCGUUAAAAGAACUUGCAAGACGGUUUGUUGUGACCUAUGGUAUCGAUUUGACGAAAGAUUAUGUCCGAAAGGCUAUGAUAAACUUUCACAGGGAAGCCAUAUUACUUGGUUUUCAUGGAGAUGGCAACCAGCAUGAUGAGUCAUUUCCUAAAAGUGGAUUCUUUGAUAUUAUAAACGAAUGUGCUUCACGAUUGAUACCUGUAGACAAAAAGGCUGUGUUGAAGAUUCUCGAUACAGAGUUGCAAAAUAAGCAGUUGAAAGUAGAAGAAAUAGCAGAUGAUCCAGAACUAAAGUCAUUAUAUUUAUAUUACACGGUGAUGCUGAAUGGAAGUCAAGAAACAAAUGAAAAAGGAAAAAAGAAGGGCACGAUGACUCAAAAGGCACGAAGAAAACUAUCUCUUGAUGAUGCUAAACAGAAAGUCGCUGCUAAAAAAAGACUCGAAACAAGUAAGAAACCGUCAAAGGAAAAUGAGGCUGGUGAAGAAAUCGUUAGAGAGGAAGCUGCUUUGUUGCAUGAGAACCAGACAGAUAACAGUGUUUCAAAAAGGAAACGAGAUGAUGAAGAAGAUGAUAAUUUACCUGAUGAAGAAGAAAAUAGUGAUGAUGAUUUUCAGCAUUCCAGAAGUGCUAAAGGUCUUUCUCAGGCUUCUUGGACAGCAAGUCAACCAAAGAACAAACGCUCUGAGAGCUAUUCUCGAGUAACUUAUGACAGCAGAAGGAAAGAUCAAUCAUCUGUUGCACCAGUGAUUGAAGAUUCCGAAAGUGAAGAACUUUCUGACCGCGAUGGUCUAUCAAGUCCUUUGAAAUCAACUGAGCAACAGUCGAUUGAAACACCACCACGAAAAAGAUCGAAACGAGAUCUUCCUGACAAUAUCUUUGCUGAAGAAUCGUCUGCUGCUGAAUCUCUACAAGAAGAUGAUUUACCUAUUGGUAUCAAUAGAUCUUGAAGUUCGUGCAAGUUUUAUUUUUUACUUUUAUAAAAAAUUGUGAAAUUGUUGUAAUUUUUUCAAAAUUUGGUUGAUUUAAAGUAUAUAUUUUGUAUAGAAAUUGUUGGAAAAGUUUACAUUCCAGAGUUAGACGCGCGUUGCGACAAAAUGUCAAUAAAAUUAUUUCUUUAUGUAUUUAUCGCUAUAAUGGCUAUUCAUGUAAUUACAAUUACGUUUCCCGUCGAGAAAAUCUAAUUUAUCACAGUUAAAACCAGAGUUUUGAGUUGAAAAUAAUAGCUGUGUUCACUUUUUUAUGGAGUACAUUUA